AAAAGGUUAAAGCCGCGUGGUUAGCACCCGCCCGAGUUGUCCUGGAAGAAGAAGGAAACAUAUGGGAAUUGAAAUUCAAGAAAAAAGAACGUAAAAAAUGUCAACUAUAAAGCCCACCCCUUCCCUUCCAACCCAAAAUUAUUCAACAAAUCCAACGCCUGGGAGUUGGGAACUUUGAAAAGUUCCUGCUCGUUCCACCUAACCCAUUUGAUUACGUUCCUAUUCGUCAUUGAAUUCUUCUGAAAAUUGGUUUUAUUCAUCAUCUUCAGUCACAUAAUACUACUAUAUAUAGGAAAAGGGGUCUCGGAGCCAUCUCGCUUGAUUUUUCUUCUUUCUGCUAAUUCUGAUUGAUUGAAUUAAUUAAUUUGUGAAUUUAGUCUUUCUAUCGAUUUUUAUGGCGGCUGCGAGUGGCUUCGUGACUUCAAUUGGAUUUUUGGAUUCGAAAUUGGGAAUGGAUACCAGUGGGCUUCUCCGUUUCAAUAAUUUAGGCAGCUUUGCUCAGUUUUCUUCUUCUUCUUCUUCUUGUUCUUCAGCUACUUUUCCCUAUCAAGCUCGAACUUUUCGAAAGGGGUUGAAGGUUAAGAAGAAAACGAGGCCGCUUUCGUUAAACCCUAAAUGCCAAGUUGUAGACGAGAUCGGAUCCAGGGCUUCGAGUCUCUCGGCUUUGGAGCUCCUCAAAACAUCAGCCGCUGAUCGGUAUACGAAGGAAAGUAGCAGUAUUAUGGUUAUAGGGAUAAACUUUCGGACCACUCCUGUUCAGAUCAGAGAGAAACUAUCCAUUCCAGAAGCUCAAUGGCCUCAAUCAAUUAGUGAACUUUGUGGUUUACAUCAUAUAGAUGAAGCUGCUAUUCUGAGUACAUGUAACAGGAUGGAAAUAUAUGUUGUGGCUCUGUCUCAGCAUCGUGGGGUCAAAGAAGUCAUUGACUGGAUGUCUAAGAAAAGUGGAGUUCCUACAUCAGAGCUGUGUCAGCAUCGCUUUUUGCUAUAUAACAAGGAUGUCACAUGGCAUUUAUUUGAAGUAUCUUCUGGGCUUGAUUCUCUUGUUCUUGGAGAAGGCCAAAUUCUAGCACAGGUAAAACAUGUGGUUAACUCUGGACAGGGUGUCCCUGGCUUUGGCAGGAAGAUGAGCGGGAUGUUUAAGCAUGCUAUCACAGCUGGAAAGAGAGUUAGAACUGAAACUAGCAUCUCAACUGGGUCGGUUUCUGUUAGUUCAGCUGCUGUGGAGCUUGCUCAGAUUAAGCUUCCACAGUCUUCUUACACAACUGCCAGUGUGUUAGUUGUUGGAGCUGGCAAGAUGGGCAAACUUGUCAUCAAACACUUGGUUGCAAAAGGGUGCACGAAAAUGGUGGUAGUCAACAGAACUGAAGACAGAGUUUCAGCCAUUAAAGAGGAGUUUAAGGAUGUUGAGAUAGUCUACAGAUCUUUGUCGGAGAUGUUCACAUGUGCUGCUGAAGCUGAUGUAAUAUUUACUUGCACAGCUUCAGAUGCGCCAUUGUUCCUGAAAAAGCAUGUUCAGACACUUCCCCCUGUCAGGCCUGAUAUUGGACAUAGACUAUUUAUUGACAUAUCUGUUCCUCGAAAUGUGGAAUCACCUGUUUCGGAUCUUGAAACCGCACGUGUUUACAAUGUCGAUGAUCUUAAGGAAGUUGUGGCAGCUACGAAGGAGGACCGAUUGCAGAAAGCAACGGAAGCUCAGGGAAUUAUUUGGGAGGAAGUCGUUAAAUUUGAAGCUUGGAAAGACUCCCUCGAGACUGUUCCAACCAUUAAAAAGCUUCGUGCUUACGCUGAAAGAAUUAGAGCUUCAGAGCUCGACAAGUGUAUGUCAAAAAUGGGAAAUGAUGUGUCAAAGAGCCAAAAGAAAGCUAUAUAUGACUUGAGUAUGGGUAUUGUCAACAAGCUACUCCACGGACCAAUGGAGCACCUGAGGUGUGGUGGUACUGGCAACCGGUCUCUCGGCGAGACUCUUGAGAAUAUGCAUGCUCUUAACAGGAUAUUUGAACUGGAUACAGAGAUUUCUGUUUUGGAAGAGAAGAUAAGGAGCAAGAUGGAAAAAAACCAGAAGUAAGCUCCCAAGGUUGCUGGACUUUCCAACCGGGAUUGAGAAGAACAGAACCUUCCUACAGUGGUAUUUUGUUCGAGUAUCAUGGCUAGGUAUCGUCCUAACUCCUCAAACGGGGAGUGCUGUAAGUCUGUACUGUUAUUGUACUGUAUAUCCGGCAUCCUAGAAACCCACAGUUUCCAAAGUGGAUAGAGAAUUGAGCUCGGCAUUCGAGGAAUUAAGAUAACAGGGAAGUAGAUAAAAGCUUAUUUAGGCUAAAGCUUUUGUCAGCUUUCGUUACUAACUCCCUUGACCGGAGGAAAGCAAUGGAUUAAGAAAGUUUCUGUUUUAGGUAAUUAUAGUGAUUCAAUUAUUGGUUAUUCAUACGGCAAAGGGCUUGUUUCUUUUUCGUCUGCCUUAGGUGUGAUUUUUGUCUUGUCGGAAACAGGCAAGGAAAAUGGAGUUGUUCUAUGAAGUUGCUCGUCUUUUAACUCUUCAAAUUUUUGUUGGGACAUUAGACAAACAACGGGAAGGAACCUCGAAAACAAAAGCGAGAACAAGGACGAAAGACUCAUUGAAGAAUUGAUAUUUUGUCUCAAGGAGGGGAUUCAGGGGAAUGUGAUUCGGAAACCUUUCUAUGUUUCUUGGGUUUUAGUUCCGUUCAAGGUUUUGAUUGGGAUGAGACAAGCGGACUCAACAAAAUUUGUCUU